UAUUUCUUCUUCCAUAGUAAAAAAGCAUGCCCACAAUUCCGAGUCAGUUCAAAAAUCCCUUUUCCUAUUUCAAGUAAAACGCACCUCACAACUUUCUCUCUCUACGUCCUUCAACCUCCUCAUUUCCAGCUAAAAUCCCCAUCGAUUGAAGCUCCAUUUCCCCAAAAAACCCAAAAUCAACAAGAACAAAUCCCUCUCCCCCACAAAAAUCACAAAAUCAAUCCGACUGAAAACCUAAUUGAAACCCCCAAUCACACUUCCCAAUGCUCAAAAUCAAACUCCUCACUCUCCUCCUCCUCCUCCUCCACCGCUCCCUCGCCGGCCUCCUCUCCGAGCCGGCCAAGCCCGUCGACUCUAACACCGUCCCCGCCUUCCCCGUCCAGACCGACACCCAGACCUGCCGCCUCGACCUCUCCGCCGAGCUCUUUGGCGGCGUCAGCGCCGCCUGCGGCCGCAACCUCGACCGCAGCCGCUGCUGCCCCGUCCUCGCCGCCUGGCUCUUCGCCGCCCACGCCCGAUCCGCGCUCCAGAUCUCCGCCGCGCCGCCGCCGUUCUCCUCUGACCUCCCGAUGAUGCCCGACGACUCGCAGAAGUGCGUCAACACGCUCCAGAGCUCCCUCGCCGCCCGAAACAUCCACCUCCCCCAGGCCAACGCCUCCUGCGACGCCGUUUUGUGCUUCUGCGGGAUCCGCCUCCACCAGAUCACCUCGCUCAGCUGCCCCGCCGCCUUCAACGUCACCGGAAACUAUAAAAACGCCACGCCGACCGCCGCGGUCAGGAAUCUCGAGCGGAAUUGCAGGAAUUCGUCCUACGCUGGUUGCACAAAAUGCCUCGGCGCGCUGGAUAAGGUUACAGCCGGUGGUAAAAACGGAACAAAAGGAGGAGGCGACGGCGAUCGUGCGAGCAAAAUGCUGAGCCGGGACUGCCGGCUGAUGGGGCUGACGUGGCUGCUGGCCCGCAACAAGACGGCUUACAUUCCCACCGUCUCCGCCGUAUUGCGCGCCAUAAUGUACAGCGCACACCCCCCGCACGAGUCCACCUGCUCCCCGGACCAGGAGAACAUGCCCCUCGCGGUCGACUCUCUGCAGUUCGACAAAUACAAUUCCUCCUCCUCGUCUCCGGCGGCCUUUUUUCUUCUUCCGAUUCUACCCCUGAUAAUUCUUUCCUUUCUUUUCCUGUAGCCCCCUUGCAGCAUUGGCUGGGUAUUUUGUCAUGAAUUAUUGCCUCUACACACACCUGAUUUCUUACGCUGUCUCUGAAAUUAGUGGGGGUUCACGUGGUAGCAAGUCGACAAAACGGGAGUGGGGUCAUUUUUGUCUUUUUGUAUCACUGUAAAUUUUCAGACAUUUGGUUCGAUUGAUGUGUAGUAGUACGAGAAGGUCUUACUUCACGGUUUUACCAUAUAAAGUCGCGUGCUAAUUACGAUAUAA